AAGCUAGCCAUUCAUGAAGCUACAGUGGUCACACAACAGUCAGCAUGGCGGCUGCUACACCUCCAGCGAUGUCAGAAGAGACAGCAAACACACCACCGCCUGGCGCAGUCCCGUUUGACUUUUCCCAGCCUCCCGUCAUUGAAGGAUUCAGCCCUUUGCCGAAGCUCAAAGAAGAGACUUUCCAAGAGAAGUUCAUCAGAAAGACCAAGGAGAAUCCCUUCGUGCCGAUAGGUUGCUUGGGAACAGCAGGAGCCCUGUUGUAUGGCCUCCGUGCCUUCAAUCAAGGCAAAACCCGACAGUCCCAGCUGCUGAUGAGGGGUCGAAUCUUCGCUCAAGGCUUCACUGUAGUUGCCAUUAUUGUUGGUGUCUUCACAACAGCUAUGAAACCCAAGCAGUGAAGAUGGAGCCGUUUCAGACCCUGGUCAGCUUCAGCUUCAGAUCAGCUGGAUCUUAAUUAUUGAGGAAAAAACGUCGGUGAAUAAAUGUGCUUUAUGUUUGGAAUAUUAAGUAGAUAUGUAAAGGCCAUUACACGAUUUGUUUCCCCAGGACACCAAGAAUUGUACUAUGCUUGAGGCUAGCACUAUGGAAAAUCCCACAAAAGACUGCUUCUGUUCUGGGGAUGAACAUUUCUCUUAAACUAUUUCUAUAUAUUGGACCCACAGUUUGCACCAGGUAUUGAUCUGCAUCACUGAGCUUGUGAUCGUUGUAUCAUCUGACAUAAAAUGAAGUCUAAACUGGC